GGACAUACAGCCUAUCUCAAGACAGAGCAUCGCAACAUGAUGUGAGCAGCAGACUUUAGGACCCAGUCCAGAGUGCCGGUUAGUCGGGUUUCUCUUUCUCACUUAUUACGUCUAUAAUGUCAUACGUGCUGCAAAGAGCGUAUUCCGGUGGAAAUUAACUGAAAAUAUAAAGCUGGAGGGAAUCGUUUUAAUUAGUAAGUACCAUUUACAGUUAACAAUGUCUAAUUAUUAUCCCAGUUACAUUAGAACAACUGGAUAAACAUGGUGCCAAAAAUUAUGUUAAUCGGCCUCUCCACAAAAAGACAAACGUUUGCACAGGUAUUCUAAGGACAUGUUUAUAAGUCGCUUUGAUGUAAUCGAGGUUAUUUAAUCGUCACAUAAACGAGGAACAAUUUUCGCACUGCUAAUUUUUUGAAAUCAACAUUUGUUGUAAGUACCACUCGCUAUCAAUCUUUGCUUUAAUAUAUAGAUGUUAAGCAGAAUAAAUUUUAUAUUGUUUAUUUAUUAACUAAAAUAUCCAUCUCUUUGAUCAAUGAGUGUUGCGCAUCCAUGCCAUCCCUCAUGCAGCAAACGUAACAGGUAACGUUACCCGGCCCUGGCUAAACAUGACGGAACACUUUUACAUUGUAAACAGUAACGUUAGCUGACAUAUAAAACUAGAAAAAUGCGAAACUAGACACAUCGGAUGAAGGAAGGAUUGAUCGGCUUGUUUGUAGGAAACGCGUAAAAGUGCGCAUCUGGUAGUUAAGACGUGACAGUUGUAUGCGCUGAGAGACCGUAUGAAGUCAAUAAAAUUUUGAUAGAUACUAAGUCAUUUAGAAAUAUACAAUACUUUUUUUUACUAUGCCUAUACCUAUCAUCUAUGAUCUUUUUAUUUAUUUAUUUUAAGUGCAGUCGAACAGUCUACAUACUGUAGACAUUAAAGUGACAUAAAAGUCAUCACGUGGGCUCUCCUGUUUUUGCCAAGUGGUUGAUGUCCUUAGGGCAACAUCAUGUGGACCCUGGGACAACAUUUAAAUCAACCAAUCAGAUUUCAGAAAUAAAUUUACAGUUUAUUUUAAAUUUAAUCUUCCAACCAGGAUUAGGUCCUUCUACACCAUUGUUUUUCACUUAUCAUUUCCCUCUGAUUUUAUGGGUAAGUUAUGGUUAGGGUUGGGGUUUGGUGUGGGUUUAGGUUUUAUUUAUAAAAAUGUUGUCCUUAGGUCAACAAAAUAUGUUGUCCUGAGGACAUCAACCACUUGGCAAAAUCAGGUCGAGCCAUCACGCGAGUAGGUAUUUUGAGGCCUUUGACUCAUCUUUUGUUACCCGUUCUUCAAAACUAAAAUGUUUUUAUCCCUUUAAUCUAACCUUGGGAGUCAGGAAAGUUUCCCUAAUUGAAAGACCUAAUAUUCCUCUGAGAACAUUACAUGUGGCUCUUAUUUCCACAAAGAGCAGAGGGAAACAGUAGAGCAUCAUGGGUGGAGUGGUACUGGAUGAGGGCAGCAGUGGAGUAAAAGCCCCUGACGGUGGCUGGGGUUGGGCCGUGCUCUUUGGAUGCUUCGUCAUCACAGGUUUCUCUUAUGCCUUUCCAAAGGCUGUAAGUGUUUUCUUCAAAGAGCUGAUCAGAGAGUUUGAUGUGGGCUACAGUGACACAGCAUGGAUCUCCUCCAUCCUUCUGGCGAUGCUAUACGGGAUUGGGCCUUUAUGCAGCAUCCUAGUGAAUCGAUUUGGGUGUCGACCAGUGAUGUUGGUGGGUGGUCUCUUUGCAUCCCUGGGAAUGAUUUUGGCAUCAUUUGCCACAAGCAUCAUUCACAUUUACUUGUGUACAGGAGUCAUAACAGGUCUUGGUUUGGCUCUGAACUUCCAGCCAUCACUCAUUAUGCUCAAUCGAUAUUUCAGUGAAAAGCGGCCGCUGGCUAAUGGUCUGGCAGCUGCCGGGAGCCCGGUGGCCCUGUGUUGUCUCUCUCCGUUGGGCCAGGUUCUUCAGUAUAAAUAUAGCUGGAGAGGGGGCUUCCUCAUCUUGGGGGGGAUUCUGCUCAACUGCUGUGCCUGUGGGGCUUUAAUGAGACCUCUGAUCUCACCAAAGAAGGUAAACACUCCUGUGAAUGAAAACACAAAUGAUGACACAAAGCCCAAGUUUAAGUUACUGGACUUGAGUGUUUUCAGAGAUUGUGGCUUUGUCAUUUACACCGUGGCCGCCUCCAUCAUGGUGCUUGGUUUAUUUGUGCCUCCGGUGUUUGUGGUGAGCUAUGCCAAAGAGCUAGGAAACGAGGACACAAAAUCCGCCCUCCUGCUCACCAUUCUGGGUUUCAUUGAUAUUUUUGCAAGGCCCACGUGUGGCAUCAUUGCAGGACUCAAGUGGGUUCGUCCACGCUGUGUCUAUCUCUUCAGUUUCGCUCUUCUAUGCAAUGGCAUCACAGAUCUGGUGGGGUCCAUGUCUAAAGACUACGGUUCUCUAGUGGUCUUCUGCAUCUUCUUUGGGAUUUCUUAUGGCAUGGUGGGCGCCUUGCAAUUUGAGGUUCUUAUGGCUGUAGUGGGGACGGAGAAGUUCUCAAGUGCCAUUGGUUUAGUUCUUCUGCUUGAAGCCAUUGCUGUGCUGGUUGGACCUCCAUUUGCUGGGCGUCUCUUGGACUACACUAAGAACUACAUGUAUGUCUUCCUGCUGGCUGGGAGUGAAGUUGUGAUGUCUGCUUUAGUACUGGCCAUAUGUAACUUUCUGUUCAUAAAAAAGAAGCCAGAAACACCAGAAGCUACAGCAGAAGGUGGAGUGACAGAGGUGAAUAAUCAGUCCAGUAACUCAUCUACAGAGGAUCCGCACAAGGCCAAUGGGAACUCAGAAAAACCAAAGGAUUCGGUUGAACUGAGACCUGAGAAUGAGGUUGAUCCAUCAGAGGAGGAAACAUUCCUUAAAGAAAAAGAUGGGCAGAACAUUGCUUGUAUUCCAGAAACUGACCCAUGAAAGAAUUUGACAUUUCCUGCUGAGGUUAGACAGACCCAAAUAAAAGGAUUGAAGAGCAUAGCAGUAUUAAUGUCUGCGAUUGUGUAGUGGUGAUUUCAUAAUGUUUGUGCUAGUCACUGACAGAUUAAUAUUUUAUCAAUAUUACAGACAUACAGUGUACUAUGCACUUGAUAAUAUAAAUAUAUAUUAAAAACUGCCACACUAUAUAAAGAUUCAUCAACAUACUAUGAUGCACUUUGAAGACAAAAGUACACAUAUUCCCUUAAGGACAGAUUUCCAUUGAAAAUCUUGUCAUCGUUUACUCACCCUCUUGUCAUUCCAAACCUGUAUAACUUUUUUCUGCUGCAUAACAAAUUAUUUUGAAGAAUGUUAGCAAUCAAAAAUCCCCCUUUGACUUCCAUUAUGGACACAAAACCACAGAGACAUUUCUCAAAAUACCGUCUUUUGUGUUCCACAAAAGGAAGAGCCAUACACAGGUUUUGAAUGAGGAAGAAUAAAUGAUGACAGAAUUUGUAUUUUCAGAUGAACUUUAAAAAGUGAAAAACAAACAUUGGAACAAGCUUUUAUCUAAUGAACUGGUGAGCAGGAAUAGGGCUCUUUCUUCUUCAAGUGCUUUUGUAAUUCUACAUGUAUUUCAAAGAUGUGGGUCACUAUUAAUAACUCGUAUGUUCAGACAUGCAAUAUCUAAAAACAUUUUGUUUUUGUGCGUUUCAGCAGUGUAUUCAAUAGGCUUUACUGUAGUGCAUAAAGAUAAGUGUUAUAAUCCUUCACUGUCCUUAAAAUUGUUCUAGCUGCUGCUAACUGUUAUACUGUUUACAUUUACUUUAUAUAUAUAUUAUAUUCAUUAAUGUGUCUUAAUUCCACAGGACAGGAACACGUCAGCUGAAUACAGUUUAUGUUAAAGUGGAAUUUGGUUGUAUUGGAAUUUGAUUGUCAGUGUUUAUUGUACUGUGAAUUACUGUCUGCCAUUCCAUUCUAAAACUGCAUUUUAACUUAUUAAUACUAUACAGUAUAUUAAGAUUCUAUGAUGGUGUAUAGUGAGGUAGAGAGCAGACAUCUGCAAUACAUGCAUUUACUUUAUACAAAAAAAACCCUAAGCUGUUCCCUUAGCCAGUUUUAACCCAAAUAACCCGUAAAUCAAAACUCAAAACAAAGAGGUUAAAGUAAAUGGCACAAGCAUACCACGCAGUGGCAUUGUUCUAAUUUUAUAGCAUCAAGUGUGGAGAGCUCUUAACUAGUUGAGAUGUGUAUUUUGUAUAACAUUUUUUCAGGGCAGCUAAGAGAAGCGUAGACUCAUUACUCCCAAAGUCAGUCACUGUGGUUCUCUAAAAUAGACUAGAAAAUCCACACACUCCGAUAUAGCAGCUAAAACUAAACAACCUGUGAAAAUGUAUUUUCGUUAAUUUCCAGUGUGCCUACAGUUUCUGAAUUUUGUAUUUGUAUUGUUUACUUUCAAAAUAGUUUUAAUAAUGGAUGUAAAAACGAGUCCACCUCUAUCUGCUGAAAACACCAAAGCUGCGUAAUAAAUGUUGAA